AUGCAUGAGAGCAAAGCACAGCACCAGCCAGAAAACAAGCAGAACAUUGGUGGGGCCACAUUGAUGAAGCAAGGGGAAUUCGCUUUGAUAGAGUCCGGUGGGAUUUAUGAGAAGCCUCUGUCUUGUUUUGGCUGUGGCAUUGGAUGGUUCUCGUUUCUGUUGGGGUUUGCAUUUCCUCCACUAUGGUAUUAUGCCACAGUGCUUUAUUUUGGAAACCAUUACCAUAAGGAUCCGAGGGAGCGACCAGGACUCGCAGCAUCCGCCAUUGCGGCUUUGAUUUGCACAGUCAUAGUCUUGGUCUCCCUUCUUGUUGUUUUCUGUUAG